UUUCUUUCUAUCUUUUCAGAAGUGCUAUUACUACACGACAUAUCAUCUACUCGUAUCAUCUCAAGUAUUACUACACGACAUAUCAUCUACUCGUAUCAUCUCAAGUUCAAACUGCCCUUGCACAAGCAUGAAGAAUGAAAAUUGGUCGCUGGGGCAACGUUUCAUUUUCCCUCCAGUUCUACCAGAGCUUUGUGCUUGGCACUGUUGUGUUGGCAACUGUGGCCGCCGUGACCAACUACUUGAGUCAGACCUGGAAGACUCCCAUCAGCCACAUCCGUGUGGACAAAUACCGCAGACAGAAGUGCCACGUGCAGGCUCACCUCCGACUGAAGAGCCUCAGGGAUCAGGGUUCAGAUGGCGAUGUCUCUGAAGAUGAAGGGCGUUGCAGAGUGUUCCCCAUGCUGCACCAGUCCAACUAUAGCUCACCGGCGGAGGCUGCGAAGACAUCAUGCCGCAGAGUCCAGCCAGUCCCCGGCUCUUGCCACGUGGCACAGGAAGUCUUUUUCUCCCAGCCACCUCCUUCCUGUUCCCAUCAGGAGCACAUCAAGUUCUGUCAAGUGGAGACCAAGAAGAAGCAAGUGACCUGUAGUGCAAAGAUCAUCUCCAGCGUCUGUGCGUCCCCUCCUUUCAUCGGCCUCCACAACCAAUCAGGCAGGCUCCAGUGGGUCCAGCUGGGAACUGCUUCGUCCCUCGCACAAGCGCUCACCGACCUGAUGAGACGUGGACAAUUUGGAAACUUUUCCAAACACUUUGGGUUCUGCUUCCUUCGAUGUGACAGAACGGCAGGGAAUGGAAGGGAAACCACUGAGGAUGAGUACGCAGGGAAUGGAAGGGAAACCACUGAGGAUGAGUAUGUUCCGCUGGCAGAUGACUUGUAUGACAAGAACUUUGGCAGUGACCAAGAAAAAGCUCCCAGUGCCGAGCAGUUGCUCAUUUUGCCGCCGCUGGUGAAGACAUCGUCCUCACGGGCUCGUCCCGUGAACAAAUCUCUUAUAAACUUUAAUUUGGUUUUGGUGGACUCUGUUUCAAGGCAACAUUUUUUUCGAUCUUUAAACAAAAGCGUUUUAGCUUUAGAGAAUCUGAACAGGGAUUUCAGCUCUCCUGUGGCCGUGUUUGACUUUGAGCUGGUUCAGUCUGUGAAGUCUCGGACAUUUGAGUCUCUCCAAACCCUGUUCUCCGGUGACAUCGACCCGUCAAGAAACCCGUUUGGAACCCAAGAAGUACCCCCGGAACCUCUGGAUCUGUCCCUUCUGCUAGGAAAGCUGAAGGACAAAGGUUACAGCAACCUGUGGCUGGAGGACCUGUGCCACCUGUGGGAGUGGGGCCUGUCCAAGGACUUACAUUUCUUGAACCUCACCAGCCCCGAGCAGGAAACUUGGACCAGGAUGUGGACUCGCCUGGCUGAAAACUUUGUGGACAGCAUCGAAGUCACUCUCGCCAUGUGUCGAGUGUUUGAAUCGUGCGGCGUCAAAGAUGGCUUCCACGGCCCGGAGGCCAUCUGUUACAACGGGCGCCACCAACACGAGUACUUGCUGGACUAUCUGGCAGGCUAUCAGCACACUCUGACAUCUGCCAACCGCCCGUGGUUUUCCUUCACAAUGACCAACGUUGGCCACGAGGAGACAGGGAGACGGAUUCAAACCCUGGACCUUGCACUCUCCCACUACAUAUCGGCAGCUUCGGCUCAAGCAAACACUCUCACCAUAUUGUUUUCCGACCACGGAAAUUCUUACGGCAGGUUCGUCAGCGAGUCGACAGAGGCUCAGGUGGAGAUGUUUCACCCGUUUCUUUUUUUCAUCGUCCCGCGGCAGGUGGGCAGGCAGUUAGGUGUGCGGGCCAUGAGGUCACUGGGGGUCAACUCGCGGCGUCUGGUCAGUCUACUGGACGUGCACUACACUCUGACACAUCUCAUCAGCCCCGGCUGGAAGGUCAGGGAACGCAACAAGGACUACGCCGUGACGGAGAAGGGUCUGCUGGAGCCUGUGGGAAGUGCUCGAAGCUGCAACGACCUUGCCCUCAUUCCCCCCAACGUCUGCAUCUGUGAGGACUUUGAGCGGGAAGUGUCCGACCACUCUGGCCAAGAGCUGUUGGCCUACUUCGCUGUCGAUCAGCUCAACGCAGAGAUCCAGAGGCAGUUUGCAGAGUCACACACACGGAAAGGUACAACUUUGAAUGACACCUGGGCGGUACAGACAGCUUUUGGGAACUGUGAGAGGCUGUCACUGAUUGGUUACCGCAAUGUGAAGACGAGCUUUGAUAAG